GCCCCACCCAUAUGACCUCAUUUAACCCUAAUUACCUCUUUGAAGGCCCUGUCUCUAAAUACAGUCACAUUCAAAAGUGCUGGGGAAUAGGACUUUAAUGUAGGAGUUUUGUCGGGGGACACAUUUCUUUCUAUAACAGCCCCUCAGUCAUGUCGGGGCAUGAGCACUGGUUGAGCAAGAACAUGGUUAUAUCAUUUCAGGGCUUGGUGACAUUUGGGGAUGUGGCCGUAGAUUUCUCCCAAGAGGAGUGGGAGUGGCUGAACCCCAAUCAGAGGAACUUAUACAGGAAGGUGAUGUUGGAGAACUACAGGAACCUGGCAUCGCUGGGACUUUGUGUUUCUAAGCCCGAUGUGAUCUCCUCAUUGGAACAAGGAAAAGAGCCUUGGACAGUGAAGAGAAAAAUGACAAGAGCCUGGUGUCCAGACUUGAAGAUUGUGCGGAAGAUCAAGGAGUUACCUCUCAAGAAGGACUUCUGUGAAGGAAAGCUAUCCCAGGCAGUGAUAACAGAGAGACUCACAAGCUAUAAUCUGGAGUACUCCCUGUUAGGGGAACACUGGGAUUAUGAUGCUCUGUUUGACACACAGCCGGGCUUGGUGACUAUCAAAAACCUGGCUGUUGACUUCCCCCAGCAGCUACACCCAGCUCAGAAGAAUUUCUCUAAGAAUGGGAUAUGGGAGAACCAUAGUGACCUGGGAUCAGCAGGACAUUGUGUGGCUAAGCCAGAUUUAGUCUCUUUACUACAGCAAGAAAAGGAGCCCUGGAUGGUGAAGCAAGAACUGACAGGAAGCCUGUUAUCAGGCCAGCGAUCUGUACGUGAGACCCAGGAAUUAUUUCCAAAGCAAGAUUCAUAUGCUGAAGGAGAAACAGACAGAACCUCAAACACUAAACUUGAGUGUUCCAGUUUCAGAGAAAAUUGGGAUUCUGACUGUGUGUUUGGAAGGAAGCUUGCAGUAGGUCAAGAGACACAAUUCAGGGAAGAGCCAAUUACUCAUAACAAAACCCUCUCUAAGGAAAGAGAACGUACGUAUAACAAAUCUGGAAGAUGGUUCCAUUUGGACGAUUCAGAAGAGAAAGUUCAUAAUUGUGAUUCAAUUAAAAAUUUUCAAAAAAGUUCAGUGGUAAUAAAACAGACAGGCAUCUAUGCAGGAAAAAAGCUUUUCAAGUGUAAUGAAUGUAAGAAAACUUUUACCCAGAGCUCAUCUCUUACUGUUCAUCAGAGAAUUCAUACUGGAGAGAAACCUUAUAAAUGUAACGAGUGUGGGAAGGCCUUUAGUGAUGGCUCGUCCUUUGCCCGACACCAGAGAUGUCACACUGGCAAGAAGCCCUAUGAGUGCAUUGAGUGUGGGAAAGCUUUCAUCCAGAACACAUCCCUUAUCCGUCACUGGAGAUACUAUCACACUGGGGAGAAACCCUUUGAUUGCAUUGAUUGUGGGAAAGCCUUCAGUGACCACAUAGGGCUUAAUCAACACAGGAGAAUUCAUACUGGAGAGAAACCUUACAAAUGUGAUGUAUGUCACAAAUCCUUCAGGUAUGGUUCCUCCCUUACUGUACAUCAAAGGAUUCAUACUGGAGAAAAACCAUAUGAAUGUGAUGUUUGCAGGAAGGCCUUCAGCCAUCAUGCAUCACUCACUCAACAUCAAAGAGUACAUUCUGGAGAAAAGCCUUUUAAGUGUAAAGAGUGCGGAAAAGCUUUUAGGCAGAAUAUACACCUUGCCAGUCAUUUAAGAAUUCAUACUGGGGAGAAGCCUUUUGAAUGUGGGGAGUGUGGAAAAUCCUUCAGCAUCAGUUCUCAGCUUGCCACUCAUCAGAGAAUCCAUACUGGAGAGAAGCCCUAUGAAUGUAAGGUUUGUAGUAAAGCGUUCACCCAGAAGGCUCACCUUGCACAGCAUCAGAAAACCCAUACAGGAGAGAAACCAUAUGAGUGCAAGGAAUGCGGUAAAGCCUUCAGCCAGACCACACACCUCAUUCAACAUCAGAGAGUUCACACUGGUGAGAAACCCUAUAAAUGUAUAGAAUGUGGGAAGGCCUUUGGUGAUAACUCAUCCUGUACUCAACAUCAAAGACUGCACACUGGCCAAAGACCUUAUGAAUGUAUUGAGUGUGGAAAGGCAUUCAAGACAAAAUCCUCCCUUAUUUGUCAUCGCAGAAGUCAUACUGGAGAAAAACCUUAUGAAUGUAGUGCGUGUGGCAAAGCCUUUAGUCAUCGUCAAUCCCUUAGUGUACAUCAGAGAAUUCAUUCUGGAAAGAAACCAUAUGAAUGUAAGGAAUGUAGGAAAACCUUCAUCCAAAUUGGACACCUUAAUCAACAUAAGAGGGUUCAUACUGGAGAGAGAUCUUAUAACUAUAAGAAAAGCAGAAAAGUCUUCAGGCAAACUGCACACUUAGCUCAUCAUCAGCGAAUUCAUACUGGAGAGUUGUCAACAUGCCCCUCUUUACCUUCCACGUCAAAUCCUGUGGAUCUGUUUCCCAAAUUUCUCUGGAAUCCAUCCUCCCUCCCAUCACCAUAGCCUCAAGACGUCAUUUCUGUUUGAGUACUCCAGCAGUUUAAAACCUCAUCUCCCUGCCCUUUUGUUUUCUUUUUGUCCCUUAUUAGUUUGUUCUUCACAUGAGUGUAAAUGUAACUUAUUCACUCCUCUUGUAAAACUUGUAGUUUCUUUAAUUGGUUAAUGCGUGAGAUGUGCUCAGCACAAUGUCUGGUCCAUAUUAAGUGCUCAGUAAACUUAGCUCUUUUAAAAACUUUGUAUUUGAACAUUGAAAAGUUACAGUAGUCAGCUCUGAUUAAAAAACGAUGCAGUAGGAUGAGGGUAGGAAAAAGCACAGUUUAGAUCAGGAACAGCGUUCUCCAGUAGUGGGUGAGGUUUUGCCUUUGUUGGUUUAAAACUUGAUUCUAUAAUGCCAAGUUAGUUUUGUGGCUUUCCAUCUGACCCUGUGUGAAUGUAAGGUGAUGUGACCUUGUUGGUGAGAAAAUUAAACUUUACAUUUGACUUGAUUUGUUUUAGAAAGUCUAGGGACCAUGAAUGAAUAGGCCACCUGGGACAAAUGAAUUUUAAAAAUCAGAAAAAAAUGCAAGAUUUAUAUGCAUAAAGUUAAAAACAACUGACAUGUUACUCAAGAAUUAGAAAACUGCAAGAUUUGACCUGUUUAAAAAUCACAUUUAUAAAUGAACUAUAUUAAAACUUUUAAGGAAUCAUUCAUUGUGAGGUAAACUGAUCCAGAGUAGGGGUCAGCAAACUAUGACUCAUGGCUACAGUCUCACUGACUGUUUUUGUAUGGUCCAUGAUCUAGAAUUUUAAAAAAAUUUAAAGGGUUGAAAAAAGUGAAAAGAAUAUUUUCAACAUGAAAAUUAUAUGAAAUUUAAGAUUUGGCGUCUGUAAAUAAAGUUUGGUUGGCUUCAGCCACACAUUGAUUUAUACCUUGACCUUUAUACUGGGCUACAGCAGCAGAGUUGAGCAGUGGUGACAGAAGACCUUGUGGCCUGCAGAGCCCAAAUAUCUACUGUCUGAUCCUACACCGAAAAUGUGUGUGAUCCCUGCUAUGGAGCAGAGGUUAUCAAACUAAAGCUCAUGGGCCAAAUCCUGUCUGCUGCUUGUUUUUGUAAAUAGAGUUUUAUCAAACGACAGCCAUGCUUACUUGUUUAGCUAUUGACUAUGGCUGCUUUAGACAACUGUGACAGACUAUAUCGCUCGCAAAACUUCAAAUAUUCCCUAUCCUUUAGCAGGAAGUUUGCCAACCUCUGCUCUAGAGAAAAAUGUAUAAAAGAUUCUAAUUUUAUGAGGGUAAUACAACUCUCACAUCAAAAACAAGAAAACAAAUGAUAAAGGAACUCAUUUAUCAAUAGAGGUGAAAGGAAAUUAUUAAACUAUAUUGAAAAGUAAAGAUGUCAAUAAAAGGAGAAAUGAUAUUUUUCUAGAAGAAAUAA